GUAGAAUAUGCUGGAUGGUCCUUCGCCUACCGAGUUCGCUCAUCAGCUGGACUUGAAGUCUUUGAUGUCCGUUUUAACGGAGAAAGGAUUGCUUAUGAGAUCAGCAUCCAAGAAGCUGUUGCCUUCUAUGCUGGUGAUACUCCCACUGCAAUGCAAACAAAGUUCAUCGAUUCUGGCUGGGCAAUGGGCAGCUCAAACUAUGAGCUGGCGCCUGGAAUCGACUGUCCAGAAUUUGCCACCUUUGUUGACCUUUACCACUACUUUGACACGGACAAACCCGUGCAAUACAAAAAUGCACUCUGUAUUUUUGAGAUGACAACUGCUAUGCCUCUGAGAAGACAUUUCAACUCCAACCCUGGGGGGGGAUAUGACUAUUAUGGAGGGCUGGAAAACACAGUGCUGGUAAUGCGAACAACCUCAACGGUUUACAACUAUGAUUACAUCUGGGACUUCCUCUUCUACCAGAAUGGAGUGGUGGAGGUAAAGGCCAGCGCCACUGGAUACAUUCACGCCACUUUCUUUACACCUAACGGACUUCACUUUGGUACCAAGGUGCAUAAUUAUGUGCUGGGUAACCUGCACACACACCUCAUCCAUUACAAAGUGGACCUGGAUAUUGUUGGUCGAGAGAACAGCUUUGAGACAGUGGAUCUGAAAUUUGUCAACUUCACAAAUCCCUGGAGCCCGAAGAAUUUCAUCGUCCAGUCUAAACUCCACAGGACUGAGCACAAGACCGAGCGAUCUGCUGCUUUCAGUUUUGGUGAAAAGUUCCCUCGCUAUGUGCAUUUUAACAACCCCAAUGAGAAAAAUAAAUGGGGGCAGCAGAGGGGCUAUCGUAUUCAGUACAACUCACAUGCCGACAGUGUCCUUCCAAGAGGCUGGAGAGAGGAAAAUGGCAUCAGUUGGUCAAGGUAUCCUCUGGCUGUGACCCGUCAUAAAGACAGUGAAGCCACCAGCAGCAGCAUUUAUGCCCAGAAUAACCCCUGGGAACCCGUUGUGUCCUUUGAGGACUACAUCAGCAACAAUGAAAACAUAGUCAACCAGGACCUGGUGGCCUGGGUGACAGUCGGCUUCCUGCAUGUGCCUCACUCAGAAGACAUCCCCAACACGACAACACCCGGUAACGCAGUGGGCUUCUUGCUCCGACCCUUCAACUUCUUCAAAGAAGACCCUUCAGUGGCGUCCAGAAGCACCGUCAUCGUCCGGCCGGGAAAGGACAACAAGCUCAAGAUCCAGAGAUGGACACCAGAGGUCAUAGGUCACUGUGUGACAGACAAGCCAUUCUUUUACAAUGGCACCUAUGCAGAAGUCUAG